UGAGUUUUACUGUACGUACUGUUAAUUCAUUGGUUCUAUACCUAAACAGUCCUGCUAAAAGUGAUGGAACUAUGUAUCUAUGGGACAUAAAUUCUGAUGGUCUGGCAGUAGAUGCUGAGAAAUAUUACUUAAAAGAAUUCAAAGAAGAUAUAAGUAACUGCCAGGCAGAAUAUGUCCAUGUGAUAGUCGAUCAAAGCUUCUCGGGAAAUAUAGCUGACGCAUUCAAAAACUCGAAUGACCAUCGGAAUGUUGUGGUAUUUGCUAGUGGAAAAGAUAAUGAGUAUGCAUUUGAUGAUGAGUUUACACGUCACUGGGCAAUAGCUAAUCAUACAACGGAGUGUACUUGGCAGGUACAAAAGCAAAUCAAAAAUUUAGCCAGCAAAUCAAACCCAGAAAGCCAUGAAGGACAAAGGGGAGAAGUUAGAACGACAAUUUUUGGAGCACCUUGUCACGUUAUUCCGCCAUUUUCUAAUCGUGAACUUCGUCAUGAUUACUUGGGUUGUCAGUCUCUCCCAACAGCAUUGUGGAUAAAAAAAUUGUUUUCAGAUAAGAAUCCGUGGCGGUAUUAAUGACGUAAUACUAUCGUACACAGCAAUGAUAUGAUAGGGUUAUAUUUUUUUCUGAUAUCAAAACAGAUGAUCUGCUUCAAUAGAUUAUGACACAAACACACACGAAGAAAAUUCGACGUUACAACCACUGGGAUUUUGUCGUCGAAAAUUUACGUAGUCCUUAUUAACGUUUUAGUAUAAGUAUCAUGCAAUGUUUGGAUGUUGAAUAAUUUGUUUAUAGUCCACAGUAAAAACAAAAGCAUCUUUUAAAUAUACUUAAACGUACAUUUAAUGUUUUACACGUAUUUGUUUCCAUUUCUAUUAUUUAAAAAGCUCAUUUGUGAACAAUAUUGAUUUGAAAUUUUUGUGUCAUUUGCUUGUUUGUCAAUUUAAAAAAACACAGUGCAGAGACGAUUUAAAUCGAUAAAACUGAAAUCGGUUACAUAAAAUAAAAGGUAGUGUUGAGGAAUUUUUCGUGCUGGAAAACAUCAAACAACCAACUAAAGUCUAGAAGACUUUUAUCAAUUGAUAAAAACUUAAAAUUUUUAAUGCGGUUUGUAAUCAUUCCAGUUCAAGAGACACAAAACAUGUAACGGGUAUACGGAAUAACUUUUGUUGCAAAAGAGAGUCAUGCGCUAGUGGCAUUUGUUUAACAGUAGAAUGCAUAGCGUUUCAUUGCAAAGACAACUGUGUGUAUAAAGAUACAUACAAUAGAUGACUGGCAUAGUUACAAUCGAGAUGCGAGAUUAAAACAUUGCAGCGAGAUAAGUAAAGUUAACAGACAGAAUGCAGGCAUACUGCAGAGGGCAUGCGUAGUUACAAUGGAAAAUGUUAGUAUUGGUUUUAUUUAAACUAACAAAGGAGAAGCAUGCACCUACAAUGGUUACGCAUAUAGUAACAACAGCAGGUGACAUAGAUAGGACGGAGAUUAACAGCGUAUUGUAACGGGUACAUAGUUGUGAUGAAUAAACGGGUUGUGAUUUAUGUAAUUCUUGUACAUAUAGAACUAUUUAUAUGGUAUUGUUUAUAGAUAUUGUUGUACAUCAUUGAAUUGUCCAUUUUUACAUUGUCAUCAAAAUCAUGUAUUGUUGUACUAUUGUUAUCUAUGAAAAUAAAUACUCUGUCGAUA